GGAGUGCGGCCCUCCACCGCGCCGCCCGCACACCGCCCCGGCCGCCGGCACGAUGCUGCCGCUGCUCCUGCUCCUGGCGACGGCGCCCGGCGCGGACGGCCUCACCAGCAUCGACUACGUGCCGACCCUCGCCAACGAGACCCUGGAGGGCAGGAUAACCACCUCCACCUUCGUCCUGGAGCAGCCCCGCUGCGUGUUCACCGAUGCUCAGCCCGGCACCCACAUCUGGCUGGUGGUGGCCCUCGACGCGGCUGCGGAGCGGUUCGACGCCGGCACAAUGCCGGAGACCCCCCGGCUGGCUUUCCAGACCUUCCCCAGCAACACCGCCUACGCCACGCUCGGCACCUCCAUCGCCAACUACCCGUGCCCCCCGCGCCCCGGGGACUUCACGGUGCUGCGCGUCGGGAGCGAAACCGCCUGCCGCAGCGACCCAAACAGGCCCAGCUGCAACGGCCCGCUGCCGGGGCCCGGGCCCUACCGGGUGAAGUUCGUCGCCUGGGACAAUGUCACAGCCCAGGCCCAGACACACUGGUCUGAGCCCAUCACCCUGAAAACAGCUCUGCAAGCCGACAACCUCCCCGUGACGGCUGGCGGGCACAGCACCGGCAUGAUCAUCCUCACCGCCAUCCUCUCCAUCCUCUUUGCUGUCCUGCUGGCCUGCCUGGUGGCCCUGCUGGCCUCCUGGUGCUCCAACUCAUACGGCAGCAGCAGCAUCUUCAGCAAGCCGGACGCGGUGACGGUGAGGCGCUACAACACCCACCACGUCUACGACCAGCCGGCCGCCCGGCUCUGAGCCCCCGCCGCGUCCCCCAGCACCGGCUCUGCCCCGCGAGCAGAUGCCUCCCGGCGCCCCCCGCUUCGCUGCUGCGAUUCCCGCGGCCGGGGCCCGGCGCCCGCCGAGCCGGCCCUGCCCUCUGCCCCGGCCGGAGCGGCCACCUUUGGGUGCUCUCACGGCCCCGCAAAGCCUGAUCUCUUCCCCGCUCGCAACGCCGCGGCCCGGAGGGGAUGCACGGGUGCACCGCGCCGCCCCGGGGGCUGCAUCUCCCAGGAAGGGUCCCCGGCGCGGGAACGGGCCCGAAGCGGGACCGGGGAGAGGGGCCCAACGCGGCGCUGCCGGCCGGCGGGGCGAUGCCGCAGGCGCGGGGAGCAGCGAGGUUUCGGGUGGGAGCCGGCGAGCCGCGGGGAAGGGCGUUUCCGCGUGCUUUGCGCCUGAAGUGCGCGGGCUGCCUGGCAACCCGGCGGUCCGCUCCCACCCAAACCUCGCCGCCUCCCGCAGCCGCCGGCGAAAAGCCCGCGUGCACCCGCGGCGCUGGGCAAGGCGCUGCCGCUGCCCGGCCCCUGCCCCCCGCAGCGGCCCCCGCCGCCUCGCCCGCGCUUUUUCCCUGCGCUGCCGCGUCUCCCCUCCGGGAAGGAGCUGGCAAAGGCGCGGGAAGCGGAGCGGUGCGCGCUCUCCCCCGCGCUGCUUCCCGACAGCAGGACCUUGUGGACCAGAAGCGAAAUAAAAAGCUGUUGCUUUACUGAGGAACGCUAAAAA